AUGGCCGCGCAGGGCGAGCCGGGCUACCUGGCGGCGGCGCAGUCGGACCCCGGCUCCAACAGCGAGCGUAGCACCGACUCGCCGGUGGCCGGCUCCGAGGACGAUCUGGUGGCCGCGGCGCCCCUCCUGCACAGCCCCGAGUGGAGCGAGGAGCGCUUCCGCGUGGACAGGAAGAAACUCGAGGCCAUGCUCCAAGCUGCAGCUGAAGGAAAAGGCAAGAGUGGGGAAGACUUUUUUCAAAAGAUCAUGGAGGAGACAAACACGCAGAUUGCAUGGCCGUCCAAACUGAAGAUCGGGGCCAAGUCCAAGAAAGAUCCCCACAUCAAGGUUUCUGGGAGGAAAGAGGAUGUGAAGGAAGCCAAAGAAAUGAUCAUGUCUGUCUUAGACACAAAAAGCAACCGCGUCACGUUGAAGAUGGAUGUCUCACACACAGAGCACUCCCACGUCAUCGGCAAGGGUGGUAACAACAUUAAAAAGGUGAUGGAAGACACGGGCUGCCACAUCCACUUCCCAGACUCCAACAGGAACAACCAGGCAGAAAAGAGCAACCAGGUGUCUAUAGCAGGACAGCCAGCGGGAGUAGAAUCAGCCCGAGCGAGGAUUCGGGAGCUGCUUCCUUUGGUGCUGAUGUUUGAGUUACCGAUUGCUGGGAUUCUCCAGCCAGUCCCGGAUCCCAACACCGCUCCCAUCCAGCACAUCUCACAGACGUACAGUGUCUCUGUGUCCUUUAAGCAGAGGUCUCGAAUGUAUGGUGCUACCGUCAUAGUGCGAGGUUCUCAGAAUAACACUAAUGCUGUGAAGGAAGGGACCGCCAUGCUAUUGGAACACCUCGCGGGGAGCUUGGCUUCCGCCAUCCCCGUGAGCACGCAACUGGACAUCGCAGCCCAGCAUCACCUCUUCAUGAUGGGCCGGAACGGGAGCAACGUCAAACACAUCAUGCAGAGGACAGGGGCGCAGAUUCACUUUCCCGACCCCAGCAAUCCGCAGAAGAAAUCCACCGUCUACCUCCAGGGUACUAUCGAGUCUGUCUGCCUGGCUAGGCAGUAUCUCAUGGGGUGUCUUCCUCUGGUGUUGAUGUUUGAUAUGAAGGAAGACAUUGAAGUGGACCCACAGGUCAUUGCGCAGCUGAUGGAACAGCUGGACGUCUUUAUCAGUAUUAAACCAAAGCCCAAACAGCCGAGCAAGUCUGUGAUUGUGAAAAGUGUUGAGCGAAAUGCCUUAAAUAUGUAUGAAGCAAGGAAGUGUCUCCUCGGACUUGAAAGCAGUGGGGUUUCCAUAGCAACCAGUCUCUCCCCAGCAUCGUGCCCUGCCGGCCUGGCAUGUCCCAGCCUGGAUAUCUUAGCUUCGGCAGGCCUUGGACUCACUGGACUAGGUCUAUUGGGACCCACCACCUUGUCGCUCAACACGUCAACCACCCCAAACUCACUCCUGAAUGCUCUCAACACCUCCGUCAGUCCUUUGCAAAGUUCAAGUUCUGGUACCCCAAGCCCUACCUUGUGGGCUCCCUCAAUUGCUAACACUGCAAGCGCCACAGGUUUUUCUACCAUACCACACCUUAUGAUCCCAUCCACCACCCAGGCUACAUUAACCAAUAUCUUGCUGUCUGGAGUGCCCACGUACGGGCACACAGCCCCGUCUCCUCCACCAGGCUUGACCCCUGUUGAUGUCCACAUCAACAGCAUGCAGACAGAAGGCAAAAACAUCUCUGCUUCUAUAAAUGGGCAUGUGCAGCCUCCAAACAUGAAAUACGGUCCGCUGUCUACUUCAUCACUUGGGGAAAAAGUGCUGAGUUCCAAUCAUGGUGAUCCAUCCAUGCAGACAGCUGGGCCCGAACAGGCUUCUACUAAAUCCAACUCGGUGGAAGGCUGCAAUGAUGCCUUUGUUGAAGUGGGCAUGCCUCGAAGUCCCUCCCAUUCCGGAAACGCUGGCGACUUGAAGCAGAUGCUGGGUCCUUCCAAGGUCUCCUGUGCCAAGCGGCAGACUGUUGAGCUACUGCAGGGCACGAAGAACUCACACCUCCACACCACUGACAGAUUCCUCUCAGACCCCGAACUGAGUGCCACAGAAAGUCCUCUGGCUGACAAGAAGGCCCCGGGGAGCGAGCGUGCAGCUGAGAGGGCAGCAGCUGCCCAGCAGAACUCGGAAAGGGCCCGCCUGGCCUCGCAGCCAACAUAUGUCCACAUGCAGGCAUUUGACUAUGAGCAGAAGAAACUAUUAGCCACCAAAGCGAUGUUAAAGAAGCCAGUGGUGACUGAGGUCAGAACGCCUACGAAUACAUGGAGUGGCCUGGGGUUCUCGAAGUCCAUGCCGGCAGAAACGAUCAAGGAGCUGAGGAGAGCCAACCACGUGUCCUAUAAGCCCACGAUGACAACCGCCUAUGAGGGCUCCUCAUUGUCCCUCUCAAGGUCCAGCAGUCGUGAGCACCUGGCAAGUGGAAGUGAUUCCGACAACUGGAGAGACCGAAAUGGAAUAGGCCCCAUGGGUCACGGCGAAUUCUCAGCACCGAUCGGCAGCCCCAAGCGCAAGCAGAACAAAUCAAGGGAGCAUUACCUAAGCAGCAGCAACUACAUGGACUGCAUUUCCUCGCUGACAGGAAGCAACGGCUGCAACCUGAACAGCUGCUUCAAAGGUUCUGAUCUCCCGGAGCUUUUCAGCAAGCUGGGCCUGGGCAAAUACACAGAUGUCUUCCAGCAGCAAGAGAUUGACCUUCAGACAUUCCUCACCCUCACAGACCAGGAUCUGAAGGAGCUGGGAAUCACAACCUUUGGUGCCCGGAGGAAGAUGCUGCUGGCAAUUUCAGAGCUAAGUAAAAACCGGAGAAAACUUUUCGAACCACCAAAUGCAUCCUGCACCUCCUUCCUGGAAGGCGGAGCCAGUGGGAGGCUGCCCCGCCAGUAUCACUCAGACAUUGCCAGCGUCAGUGGCCGCUGGUAGCGUUACCUUCCGGACACGCACCUCCUAUCUGCAAAGGUGGACAGAAUCUGUUGGACAGUCUUCACUGCACUUGUCCGUCCUUGGCACUCUGGAUGUCUGGUAUCAGGACCAAAGUGUUGAAUUCGCACCCAUACUUCAUGGCAGAAGAAGAAGAAGAAGAAGAGGAAGAGGAAGAGGAAGAGGAAGAGGAAGAGGAAGAGGAAGAGGAAGAAGAAGAAGAAGAAGAAGUGGUGUCUCAUGUUCCCAUGUUGCCACAAAAGCACCAAAGGGGGAAAUGCUUUAAAAAACAAAACAAAACUGGCAAUUGGACAGAAUUUACAAAGUGAGGGUAGGGCGUUUCUUUCUAUUUACUUAUAUUACAUAUGCACUGAUUUUUUUUUCUUGGUACCUAAAAUGAAGGAGAAUUUUGACAUCUGGGAUGCCAGAAAAACUUAGAAGUUGUUUUGUUGGCUUGAAAUGUCUUGGUGUUUGGGGAUUUGAAAAAAAAAUAAUAAUCAAAGUAUAAUUUUCUGCUUUAGAAUAAUGACUGAGGCCUUCCUGCACUUUACACGGUCUAGUUGCUCCUCCUGUGGAAUCUGUCAUCUCUGUGUUUCUGGUAGUGGUACACUUUCUUUCUUUCUUCCUGGAUCCAUCACAGGUUUAUUUGAAAUGGUACUGGACCUUAUGUAAUUCCCGUGCAGAAUUUUCUGUGCCGUUGGGAAAAUGUGGGCCACUUGGCUCUGGGCCAAAUUCAGUUCAUUUGUGUCAACAUCUUAGGAACCCUGAGCCGUGACUGCCGUCCACUGGCCAGGUACAAAAGACAGACCAAAUGGAUUUUGCAAUUCUAACUCUUCGCGGUUGGCAUAGUUAGCUGCUGUCUGAAGGCCAAGGGGCUGGUCUUUUAGUAUACUGCCACUAAAGGACAUUUAUUUAUAUCAAACUUUUAUUUUUAGAUAUUAUAAGCAUACAGUAGAUAACUGAUUGAGAUUGAUAUUUUCUAGAGAUUUAUGGUAGAGAUUGAACUGCAUUCAUAACUGGAGCCCUAGGUUGUCACUUUAUUUAAAAAAGACAAGCAACCAUUUGACGAGACAGCAUUGCUGCCAUUAUGGAGAGAAGAGGCCCCGCCUCCUUACCCAGUAGCUCCACCCCCUGUGGGGUCACGAGACUUUCCCCAAAGUGCCUUUGUCUGCUUUGAAUCAACUUGGAUCAGUUGUAAACAUAGAAAGGGUCCAGGGGGACAGCUUAUCCAAGAGCUAAAUUCUGAAGUGGGAGGGAAAAAAAAGGCUUUCUAAAUGGCCAGAUUUAUUGUUACAAUGUUAUACUGUGAAAGUCCAAGAGAUUAGCGAACGUUAUUUCCUGUCUUUGCAGACGAUAUGAAGGUUUUCGGUCCAAUGAAGAAAACCACUCAAGUGCCUUUCUCUCUUCAGAGCUAUAUUCUUACCAAAUGUAUACAGGUUUUUUUUGGGGGGGAGGAGGGGUCUUUUCCCAUAGGACAUGUUGUCAGUUACCUUUAGUGAUGUGUUUAUGUUAAUAUGUUAAGGCUUUCUCUGUGAAAUAAACCCCUCCCUCCUGUUCUCGGUAGAGAAGAGUUGGAGGAGUGUGCACACAGCUGGGUGCCUGUCCAAAUUCAAGGUACGAAAUACUUGCCUAGUGUUUUCUUCCGAGGCUAACUCUGGCCACUAAAGAACUGAAGCCAUUUUUACACAGAGAAAAGUUUUCGCUUUGAAAACGUUGGCUACCUGGAAGCAUAGACAAUGACAACGAGCUUGCCACAGCGGUAAUAUCUACCUGGUAUCAAUCUCAGCCUGACUACAUAAGGAUACAGAAUUGAAUCUCUCCCUGUGCAAGCAUGGUGUGGCCAUCCCGUGCCCAUGUGCUCAGAUGACCGCCCGAGGUUCAUCACGUAUCCCAUUGACCACCUCAAAGGGAGUACUCGGUUCUCCAAAUUUUGUUGUUUCUUUCAUUAAAGAAAAAGUCAAUUGGGAGCUCACUGUGGACUCUGCCAUGCAUUUGCUAAAGGGAGAAGAGGAACCAAAUAUUCAAUAGGAAACUGGUUUAGGUUUUAUACACAGUGCUUUACUUUCACACCAAAGGGAAACUGUCCACUCCAACUUGAUUAAAUAGGGAGGCUAAGAAAUAAUGAAAAACACUGGAAGGUUUUUCUCCCUUUCUUUUGAUGCAGCAAAGGGAAUAAGACACCAGGGCCUACAGAGUUGUUGGUGUUCUUUGCCAUGCGCGGAAUAUUUGGGUUGUUCGAAGUAAUGUUAACUUUUAGCCAACUUGUCUAUUCUCAUGAUUGGUGAUCUGUAAAUAUGGAACAGACCCGGAUUGUAUUUUGUGUGUGGGGGUCCGUGUCCUUUUCAUCACUUUUUUAAAAACCCAUGAGAUGGAUCAGCAUUGAAAGUGGGGAUUUUUUUUUUCUAAAGUAAUCAUUACAUGAGAAAUAAAUUUAUAUAACCCCUUUGUAUUGCUUUCUACAUGGAA